UCAAUGGCUAACUCCAUUUUCAGAUAUCAAAGCGAAGUGUUUUUAGGAUUGGGGCUCUUUUGUUUCAUGCAGAUGAUGAUUAAAAAGGGUUAUGCAAGAGAAUUCCAAGUGAAUUGGGGUCUUCACAAUGGCUCCAAUGCUGAAAACUACAAUCAAUGGGCUGAAAAGAACAGAUUUCAGAUUGGAGAUUCACUUGUGUUUAGCUACGCACCAAACGAUGAUUCCGUGCUAAAUGUGACGACGGAGGCCUACGAAAACUGCAAUACAGAAUCACCAACCGCCAAAUAUACCGAUGGCCACACUGUUUUCUCAUUGGAUCAUUCAGGUCCUCACUAUUUCAUCAGCGGAAACAAAGACAACUGUGUAAAGAACGAGAAGUUGAUUGUGGUUGUCAUGGCCGAUCGAAUCAACCGUUCGUCUCCUCCUCCAUCAGGUUCAACCGAGCCGCCAUCUCCGCCGCCUUCUAGUGAGUCUCCUCCAGUUGGAAGUGCCGAGAAUAACCCGACACCGGCACCGGGUGAAGACUCUAAUCCAACAAAAAAUGAUGCAACAUCUUUGUGGUUGAUGAGUGUUACUGGUUCCACUAUGGGGGCUAUGUUUGUGGCUUCAACUCUUGCUUUAGGGUUGUAAGAGGGAGAAAUCCAUUCAUGAAGUGG